UUCUGCUAUAUUCUAGAAUGUGACACCAUUGUUGUUUUCGAAUCACGAAGAUUGGCGUUUAGUGACAUUUUGUGAUAUUCACAAGAUAUUUAUUGAAAUAUAUCGUCAUUAGAGCUGCAUCCUAAUCCUGUCGUAAACCUUCGGAUAAGUGCAGCUUGUUUAAUUCUGAAACAUUGAACGGCGUUACCAAGGAAUUGAAUGAAGUCAACGACUUUGGGGAGUACGCCAGAUCUAAUUUGCUGAAGUCGCGGUUUCCUCGAAGCGGACCACACCCGAAAAUAGGCCUGUCAGACGCAACUGUUAUGAACAUGGUGAUCACGACCUUACAGGACCAACGCCAGGUAACCGAACAGCUAAGGCGUGAAGCUGCGAUCAAACGGAUCAUGGUCAGUAAAGCCAUCGAAGAUAUUAUGAUGUACAUCACGGAACACGAGCAAGAGGACUGUCUCUUAGUUGGCUUUUCGUCUCAGAAGUCCAAUCCCUUUAGGGAGAAGAGUUCCUGUACUGUGAUCUAGAACGAUCGGUCACUCCAGAGAUGGCAAGCUACCGUCACUGGAUUACUUCGAGUUUUAUUUAUCCUCCGCACCCCUUAAAAUAACAUUGAUGUCUUGCAUCGGCAGAUUUUUUUAAUUAAACGUCACCAGUCCCAGACUCAUGCAUUAAUUGCGAUCAAAGUGCAGAAUUAUUUUUGACAACUUUUUAUCGAAAGAUGACACUCGUUUCAAUUCAAGUUUCUAUUUACAGAGUGACCUGCUAAACUAAUCAAAAGACCAAUGACUAAGGUUCUUAAAAUAACUAAUUGAAUAUACAACUGCUUGUACGACAUAGUAUAUUGAUGAGUAUCAUAUUAAUAAGUAAAUCAUCCUCUAAAUAGAAGAUUAUAUUUUGAAGUUAUUGAGGUCUUUGGUACAGAAAUUUAUUCUGUAAAUUCAUGUAUUUUGUAUAUUAGUAAUUAAAACAUAUUUGUGAUCAUUGGGCCUAAAUCUUUAAAUGAUGAAUUUUUAAAAUGUGUCAUCUAAUUUUAUACCAAGUUUCAAGGUGUAAAUCUACUGCCAGAUUAAUAUUGCGCAGGGCACUACCUUAUUACAGUAACCUGUAGGUUUUAAUGUAUCCAAUCUCUGUCGGACCCUAUUUUUCACGAUUGAAAAUUAUAUUUUUGUGGAUCAACAAUCAAUGAAGUAUUAAAAAAAAGAUAUAAUAUACAUAUUGUAAGUGAAAUCAGUGUAACAGAUUAGAUAUAUAUGGUCUAAGUAAACAUUAUGAAACAAUAAGCAUA